UUAUUGGCCGUGAAAAAAAAAUAUUAGGAGAAAACCAGGCGGGUCGUUGCUGUGAUUAAUCGCGAAAAACAACGCGUUUAAAAAACCGGGGAUGCUCCGGUUCGUUACUCGGUCGGACCUAAAGUGCUGACAGCUCUCCCCACCGCUUCCUGCCUGCGCUUAAUUCCUUUCGCUUUCACUCUUGACAAACCGCGAGCAGAGGACGAAACGGUGAGCCAAUUUCCUGCCUGUCUGGUCAGCAUGUUUCCUCUCCUGCUGGCGCUCUUUGUUCCCAUUCUUCCCACAUCUGGAGCUCAGAUCCCAAACCAAGGCCAAGCACAGGAUCCCCCCGUCGCGACGAACGGUCAGCCCUUCCCCUGGGACCGCAUGAGACUUCCCACAACCGUCAGGCCCCUGCACUAUGACCUGACCAUCCACCCGAACCUCACCACCCUGGACUUCACCGGGGUGGUUCGCAUCAGUCUGGACGUGCAGGAAGACGCCGGCGCCGUCGUUCUCCACGCCAAGCAAAUGCGCGUUUCCGGCGCGGUGCUCCUGGCCCCCGAGGGCGUCCGGCCCCUGCGGGUCUUGGAGUACCCUCGCUUCCAUCAGCUCGCCCUGCUGCCAGACUCGGUUCUGACCAAGGGCAGGAAGUACGAGGUGCAGCUGGAGUUUGCCGCCAACCUGUCGGACAGCUUCCACGGUUUCUACAAAGGCAGCUACCGCACCAGCGGCGGGGAGGUCCGGGUCAUUGCGUCCACGCAGUUUGAGGCAACCUUUGCCCGCGGAGCCUUUCCCUGCUUCGAUGAGCCGGCCUUCAAAGCCAACUUCACCAUACGCAUCAUACGCGAGCCGCGCCACAUCGCCAUUUCCAACAUGCCCAAGGUUAAAACAGUGGAGCUGCCGGGCGGUUUGCUCGAGGAUCACUUUGACACCACGGUAAAAAUGAGCACUUACCUGGUGGCCUACAUCGUCUCUGACUUCCUGUCUGUGAGCAAAACGACCAAGCACGGCGUCAAGAUCUCUGUCUAUGCUGUCCCUGAGAAGAUCAACCAGACGGCCUACGCCCUGGAUGCUGCCGUGAAGCUGUUAGACUUCUACGACGAUUUCUUUGACAUCCCCUAUCCCCUCCCCAAACAGGACCUGGCUGCUAUCCCCGACUUCCAGUCGGGUGCGAUGGAGAACUGGGGUCUGACCACCUACAGAGAGACCGGCCUCCUCUUUGAUCCCAACAGGUCCUCCGCCUCCGACAAACUGGGCAUCACCAAGGUCAUUGCCCACGAGCUUGCACAUCAGUGGUUUGGGAACCUGGUGACGAUGGAGUGGUGGAACGACUUGUGGCUCAACGAGGGCUUUGCCAAGUUCAUGGAGUUCAUCUCCCUCGACAUCACCUACCCAGAGCUGCAUGUGGACGACUUCUUCUUGGGCAAGUGUUUCGAGGCCAUGGAGGUGGACUCUCUGAGCUCCUCUCACCCAGUCUCCACCCCAGUGGAAAACCCCACGCAGAUCCAGGAGAUGUUUGAUGACGUGUCUUAUGACAAGGGGGCUUGCAUUCUGAACAUGCUGCGGGACUUCCUGACUCCCGAAGCUUUUGAGAUCGGCAUCAUCCGAUACCUAAAGCGCUACAGCUACCAGAACACCGUGAACAGCCACCUGUGGGAGAGCCUGACUGAUAUCUGCAGCUCGGAUGCUUUGGACGAAGGUCGAAUAAAACACAGAGAAUUCUGCUCUAAACGGGAACUCCAGUCCGGAUCGUCUAAGUGGUACUCUGACGAUGAGCUGGACGUAAAGGCCAUCAUGGACACCUGGACGCUGCAGGAGGGCUUCCCGCUGGUCACUGUAGAGGUCAAAGGUCGGGAGGUCAGGCUGAGUCAGGAGCGUUUCCUGAGGACAGACAAUCCCUCGCUCACUGACGGAUUCCUGUGGCAGAUCCCACUAACGUACAUGACCAGUGCCUCCAACACGGUCCACCGUUUCCUUCUCAAGACAAAGACUGAUGUCCUCUACCUGCCAGAGGACGUGGACUGGGUGAAGUUUAACGUAAACAUGAGUGGCUACUACAUGGUCCACUAUGCCGGAGAGGGCUGGAACUCCAUCAUCAAGCUGCUGCAGUACAACCACACGGCCAUCACUGGCAACGAUCGGGCCAGCCUCAUCCAGAACGUCUUCCAGCUGGUCAGUGUUGGGAAGGUGAGGCUGGAUACGGCCCUGGAGCUGUCCCUUUACCUCUCCAAAGAGACUGAGAUCAUGGCUGUGACCCAGGGCUUCGGAGAGCUCGUGCCCCUUUACAAACUGAUGGAGAAGAGAGACAUGACUGUGCUGGAGAACCAGAUGAAAGGUUACAUCGUGGAUCUGUUCCGGGACCUGAUCGAUCGGCAAGAGUGGAGUGACUCGGGUUCGGUGUCUGAGCGAGUGCUGAGGAGUUACCUGCUGUUGUUUGCCUGUGUCAGGAAGUAUCCUCCCUGCGUAGCCAAAGCCACCCGGCUGUUUAACCAAUGGAAGGAUUCAGAUGGCACCAUGAGCCUCCCUGUUGACAUCACUAUGGCUGUGUUUGUGAUUGGAGCACGGUCACCAGAGGGGUGGGACUUCCUCUUUGAGAAGUACCGUACAUCUAUGCAGAUGUCUGUCAAGAGCCGCAUAAAGUCUGCAAUGACUAUCACCCAUCUGCAGGAUAAGCUCAAGUGGAUGAUGGAGCAGAGUCUGCAUGGUGAGGUGAUGAAGACCCAUGACCUCCCAGACGUGAUUGUCUCCGUUGGAAGGAACCCUCAUGGUUACAAACUGGCCUGGGACUUCCUCCGAGCCAACUGGCACACCCUGAUCAAGAAGUUUGACCUCGGCUCCCACUCUGUAUCGUACAUGGUGACUGGUGUGACCAACCAGUACUCGACCAGGGAGAUGCUUCAGGAGGUGCGGAGCUUCUUCGACUCGCUGACGGAGGAAGCGGGGUCGAAGAUGAGGUGUAUACAGCAGACCUACGAGACCAUUGAGGAUAACAUCCGCUGGACGGACACCAACCUUCCUCUGCUACAGUCUUGGCUGAACAAGCGGCAAAAAAAAGCACCUCACGAAGAUUUAUAGGCUUAGCGGGAGUUGUUUUUUUUUUACCCCCUGUUGAGCAGAAGCUGGCUUGUGGUCCAGCGGUGGAGCCUGAUAGGUGGCUUGGUUGGUGCUUCAAACCUCCACCAACAGAUUCUGAACCAAGCUGGUCUUUAAUCUGGAAUUGUAAAGACUAGUCCAGAUUAAGGAGUACAGUAAGAGGCAAUAUUCUUGGUUCCAAACUAUUACUAAAAUCACUUAGGUGAAAACAGGGUAACCGUCAUUACAUUAUGCAAGCUGCUGCCAGAUGUGAGUCCCUCAUGUACAUGAUUUUAAAUUGCACUGACCCCGCACCUUCUUCCAACCCCAGUCUGUGCAGAUAUAGAGUACCUAGAUAUGUUUGUGCUCUAGCUGCAGGUGAAUUCAGUCACAGUCUGAUGCAAGAUGGUCUUAGAGUCUUCUGCUCAAUGCCAGCAGCCCAAUAAAGGCAAAAGGUCAAAUUUACCCAGAAAUCAAUCAAAGCUGUAUAGUAAGCUAAGAGGGUUUAUCAUUAUUUUAUUAAAUCUAUGAAUGUACUAAUAAUAGAAUGUAAAAAAAAAAAAAAAAAAAUAGGGAAAAAAUGCCUGCGCAAUCUUUAAUGCAGCCCAUAAAAUGUAUUUGCAAGGGUGGACCCUUGACCAGUGCUAAAUGUGUCCAUUUAUGAGUUACUCACAUCAAGCAGAUGCUCCCAUCUUGUAAUGACAGUUAUUUUAUGAUCAGUGACAAUCUCCAAACAUUUUUGCACUAAAAAUAGUAGCUCAUGAGUUUUAAAAAUGUGCUUUUUUUUUCCACCAGGUAUAUUGAAAUAGACCCUAGAAUAUGUUUUCUUUCUGUGAGGAACAAAAAUGCUUCACAUAAAAAAUAAAUCACUGUACUUGAGAAAUAACAGUUUAUAACUUAACGAUUAGGGUUUUUGUCAGAGCCGCAAACACUGUGCCUGGGUAUCUGCUCAGAGUUGCCUCUAUUUGUUUCUGAGCGCGUGUUUUGGUAUAGAAAGGCGUGUUUAUGAUGUAAAGUUGUGCUUUUGUAAAGUAAAAUUGGAUUUAAGCUGCAUUAUUACAGAGGAACGCGACAACAUGCUGUAAAUAAUGUUAAAAUAAAUGCACUGUGCAACAAAUGCUUUAUGAUUGUAAAGCAUUAAAACAAAAAAAAAUGUGAAAAGAAUGAAGAUUGUAGAUUUUUAUUAGGUGAAAACAAAAUGAACUUUUGUAUCUUUUGUCUUCAGUUAACAGGAUUAAAAUAUAUGAAUAACUAUUUGACACAAAAUUGAGUUGUAUACAGAAAUCUAUUCAUAAACUGCUGUUUGUUUCACUGAACGUUUUUCUAUGAUUAGCUGAGAUUUUUACUAUUCAGAGCAUAAGUUAAAUGUGAUUUCCUUCUUUGGGAUUCUGAUCUGUUUUUUUUUUUUUUUUAAACAUUUGUCACUUAAAAAACUGACAAGAAUUUAUGUGGAAAAAAGGUUUUGGGAUUUAAAAGUGAUUAAUAUUUUUCUUUAUAGAAGUGGGGAUAGGCGAAGUUAGUUUCUUAUGUGUAGCAGUCCGCUACUAACAUGCUUUCAUUUUAAAUAAAAACAGUGAAGUUCACGACGCAUUAAAAAAUACAGUUUAAUUCGUAUUCACUGUGUCGUGAUUUUGCAAUGUCAGGCAGGAAAAAAAUGCUCAUUGAAUGAAAUUUUGGAAGAAUAAAGUUUGUUUCAUCUUCAAUAA